AUGGGUCCACGCAGCGAGAUCCCACGCAGGGUGGGCGUAUACGAGUGUCCACGUCCGAAGGGCCCGUUCAAGGGCAGAUCCCUGAAGUUGCCAAAACCAAGGCAGAGGAGUGCACCGCCGCUAGGAUCCGGGCGGAGGAGCCCACCGCGGCCCGGACUUAUUACGGAUGCAGUACACUGCUGCCAGGAUCUUGUCUGUGGAGGGCAGCGGGGCCGAGACCUCAGUUUGCAGCACACCGCUGCCAGGAUCUCGUCGGCUGAGCGUUCCGCGGUCCGAUCCCCGCCCCGCGCGCGUCGCCGGCGUUGGCGUCAUCUUCCUGGUGCUGGUCUCCGUCCGGUCGCCGGUCGCCUUGGUCUCCGGCCCUCCCCAGACGCUCUCGCACCCUUGCCGACCCCGCCGUCCGCAGCCCUGGCGCUCCCUGCGGGCCCCGCCGAGGCCGCCUGCGCCCUGUGCCAGCGCGCGCCCCGGGAGCCAGUGCGCGCCGACUGCGGCCACCGCUUCUGUCGGGCGUGCGUGGUGCGCUUCUGGGCCGAGGAGGACGGGCCCUUCCCGUGCCCCGAGUGCGCCGACGACUGCUGGCAGCGCGCAGUGGAGCCUGGCCGGCCCCCGCUCAGCCGCCGCCUUCUGGCGCUCGAGGAGGCGGCCGCGGCGCCCGCGCGCGACGGCCCGGCCAGCGAGGCCGCGCUGCAGCUGCUGUGCCGCGCUGACGCCGGCCCGCUCUGCGCCGCCUGCCGCAUGGCUGCAGGCCCCGAGCCACCCGAGUGGGAGCCGCGCUGGAGGAAGGCGCUGCGCGGCAAGGAGAACAAGGGGUCUGUGGAAAUCAUGAGAAAGGACUUGAAUGACGCCCGGGACCUGCAUGGCCAGGCGGAGUCAGCAGCCGCAGUGUGGAAGGGACACGUGAUGGACCGUAGGAAGAAGGCACUGACCGACUACAAGAAGCUGCGGGCCUUUUUUGUGGAGGAGGAGGAGCACUUCCUGCAGGAGGCUGAGAAGGAGGAGGGGCUACCUGAGGACGAGCUGGCUGACCCCACUGAGCGGUUCAGGUCACUGCUGCAGGCGGUGUCGGAGCUGGAGAAGAAGCACCGGAACCUGGGCCUCAGCAUGCUGCUGCAGUGAUGGCACCAACCGGCGGCAGUCCCAGAGUUGGAGGCAGGAGGGGAUGGAUCCUUAUCUCCUUGGGAAGUGUCAGCGUGUGGCUGUCAGGGAAGCGUGGAAGGCGCCCGGCCUUGGGUCCGUCUAUAUAGUUGUGUGUUUCAAGAAUGUCCCUUUAUCCUUCACCCUGAGGCGUGAGUGUUUUGGGGGCUACAAACACCUCCCGGUAGAGGCUGGACCUGAGGACCCUUCCGACCUGUGCCCUACCCUUCCUGAAGUCCUGGCCACAGCCCAUCUUCCAUGAGUCCCGGCAGCUCUGGGCCAUGCCCUUCCUCUGUCACCUAUCUGCCCCUCACCUUGUCAUCCACGGACCCAGACCCUGCAUCUUCCAUGCGGGCCCACAGAUCCUUGGCAGGUACCUGAGGUGCACCAUUGAGUGUCGAAUUUGGGGUUAACAUCUAGAAAGAAGAACGCACAUGAGGCUCUGUGAAGGCUGGAACUCAGGUCUUCAGGGAAGAGAAAGGAAGACUGGAUUGCACCUCGAUGCCUCCUGAGGAGGCAGCCCUCCUCUUGAGGUGGGCUUGGGCCCCGCCCAGCCUUAUCCGCGUCGCUCUGUCCACCUCCCCCUUCCUGGCCCCCACCCUGCCUCUGUGUCUCCUAGAAGCCCUCCCUGUGCUCCACCUGCCUCCGUAGAAGGAACUCUCUUUCUCCUUUUUCCUGGGCAAGGGGGCUGGCAGGUGGCUAACCCCAUUUAGCAUCUCCAGGCCCUGCCAUGGUGUCUCAUCUUGCUGUUCUCUCUGGCUCUUUCUCUCUUCCCAUUUCCUUUAGUAGUUGAAUUUUGCAAAGCUCGUAGCAGUAGCUCAGUUGCUUGCAGCAUCCUUGUGUGUAGAUAAAUUCGUCUAGUCGACAGAAACUCAGCACUGGGGACAGGAUUGCAAAGUCUGGGACAUAGAUGCAGGCAGAUGUUGAGAUUUGGGUAUAGCUGGGCUUGUGAGCAGUGCCUGUUUCCAGAUGAAGCCUUUCAGCCUUUCCGAGUCCCUGGCCUUUGGUGUGAUGUCUGUGAGUUUGACCUACCCAGCGUGUGGGCUGGUUCAAUGUUGAAUAAAGUGAGUUUGUGUCAGCUCGUUUGCUUCGUCUCCGUGUGUCCACUUGGCCUCUUCCCCCUGCUCUGGCCACCCUCCAGUGUCAAAGGAAAAUUCCUCUUGACACUUGCUAAAGCAUGGUGAGGAGAACUUUCAUUGGGACCAUGGAGAUGGUGUGGAGCCCUUUCCUUGGGGCCUCAGGGGAGAUGGGGCUCCACCCUGACACAGUAGGGCAGGGGUUGGAGAAGCCGAGGAGCAGUGUGGGGUCCAUGGGUGGGAAUGACUGUGAGGAGACAUCAGGGCUGAGGGGGGUCUGGCUAAACCCACCUCACAGAGUCCUUGCUGUAGGCAGGCAGGUUGAUCAGACAUUGGUUGCAAACGGUCUGAUAGGAACCCAGUUAGGUACCACUGAGGGUGGUCAGAUAUGGUUAAACCAAAUUAGGGUUCUUGCUAAAACUGGAUUUCAUAAGAAAGGGCACAGAGGACCCUAGGAGAAGAUUCCAGAGCCUGGCCAAGUAGAUAAUUGUCAGCACAGCAACAACAUCCUGAUCCUGAGACCUCCAGUUUGUCUUUCUCACUGUCUCUACCUGCUGCAGUCUGCUGUCGUCCCCAAGCGUCCCUGCCCCUGUGCUGCACACCUGUGAUGCAUGCCUGGCCAGGUCCUGAUGGGACAGAGUCUCCCGCAACAUCAAAGUGUGUCCACAUCACCAGGUCCAACAGUGGCUUCACCAUCCUCACCUAAUCUAGCUAACCAGCAACAUCCCACCCUGUCAAUCACAACCUGUUUCUAUUUGAAAAAAUUAUAUUCUUAUGGGGCACAGUGUGAUGUUUUGAAACCUCAUCUCCUCCCCCUGCUCCAACAGUGCAUUCUCAACCCUGCAGGUAGAUGGGUUUCUACCUUAAAAUAUGUAGGAUGAACCAGUCUGGUGAUCUGAUGUACAACAGGAGGACUGUAGGUAAUAAAAUUGCACUGUUUUGGGAGUUCCUGCUAAAUGGCUGUACUUCAGCUACUCUUGCCACAAAAUUCUAAAAAUGGUUGACUCUGGGAGGUGAUGGGAAAGUUAAUUGCUCCCCUGUAGUAGUAACCAUUUUGCUAUCUGUUUGUACUUUGUAACAUCACGUUGCAUACCUUAAAUAUACACAAUAAAAUUUAUUAAAACAAUAAAA